AAUAGUGAAGCAACUGACAGUGUGCCUUACAUUGGAAUUGUCUCUGGCAAGGACUUCAAUAAAAUCCACCUAUAGAGGAGCAGUAACAAACGGAGCAACAACAAAAAGUGCAUCCAAUUUCACUAAAGCUAAACUGUUGGCCACUAUGCACCUUAAGCCGUAUCCAAAGCUUCCAAAGAAAGAUGUCUCUCUAGAACCAAGCCAACAAUCUUUUGGAGGCCUUCAUUCAAGCCAACAUGCGACAGUAAGAGUUGAAAGAUGUCAGGCCACCUACACCAAACAGUCCUCUUGUGAAUCCAUUACAGUUAACACUGUGGCAUCUCACAUCAGUUUAUGGUGCCCAAGACCCUUUGGUAUCAACUCUCAAAAUAAAAUGUGCAAUAUGAAGAAUCCAUCCGAUAAUGCUACCUUUAAGGGAAGGAAGAAACGAAUGUCCAAAAUUACUUUGCCUCCUUCGAUUCAUCAGGAAGAAGGGGAGGUUCUACUAGAUAUUUGGGCCGUAAUAAAACCUGGUAACACUAAGGAGAAAAUUGCAUUCUUUGCAGCACAGCAAAGUAACAGGACAGGAUCUGUGAAAAUAAAAGGCAAUUGGGAUACAGAUGUCACAACAGCCAAACGUCGAAAGAAAUCUGUUGAUUUGGAGAAAAUAAAAGUUCAACCAAAUAGAGUAAAGGAGAAUGGAAAGGAAGGUGACAGAAAGUCACCUCCAACAACCAGUAGUAGUGAGGAGAAUGCAUCAAUAAAUAGUGAUGGGUUGUGUCAUAGUAGCUCCCUUUCUGUAGCAGAAAUGGUGGCUCUUCUAGAACAAAGAGCAAAUGCUCUCCUCCCAGACUGUACCAAAAUCUUAAACUCCAAUAUUAACAUGCCAAGUAUUGGGCAUUCGACAGGAACAUCCCCAUCUCCAGAAGCCAUUUCAGCCGCAGGAUCAGAUUUUUGUUUCAACCACAAAAGGCCCACUGAGAAUAAGACGCAGGGUGAGUGUGUGCGAGUUAUAGAAGUUAUAGCUAGACUUGAAUCCGAAUGUUUGAAAAACCAGCAUGAAAGGAAUGGAGAGAGUCUGUCGAGGAACAACAGCUUCCGCAGAGGGGUGGGAAGGGUUUUGCUGACUGGUCCACAACAGUCAGAGCAGAAACCCAGCAGCGACGAGGUGGUUAGAACUUCCCCUGAGGUAUCCAGAUUCUCCAAUGAUCUUGUUGAAAGUAAUGAACGACACCACAGCUGUAUAAGCAUGAGCCAUACCUCCACUGCUUGCACUGAAUCCUGCAAGGACAUUGCACAUGCUCUGGGUAUUAAUCUUUCUGGUGCUAUGUUGGAUCUUCCUAAUAAAGUUACUCCAACUUGCAAAGAAACAAAACCAUUCCGGAAGCGCACCAAAGGAGUUUCCAGUAAUGAUGGGAUGCAAAUGGAAUAUUGUAGCAUGCCCUCCUUUUGUUGGGAAAUGGACAAUAGGUUUGUAUCAAACUGUAUUUUGCCAGGGAUUAGUGUUGGCGAGUAUCCGAAUGAUUUUCGUGUAAAUAAAGAGUUGGUAUCUAGUGUGGUGGAUGAAGACGUUGCUAUGAGACUGAAUGAAGAGGCGGAAUUUACAUCAGUAACUGGAUCUUGCCCGGAAGAGAUUAGUUCCUGUGAGGAACCGCCUCCAGGAGAAUUGUUUUUCACACUUGCACAGUCCCAUGUUGAAAACUUGGAUUCAAAUGAAAAAACUACUGAAGAAAUCCAGGAGGUUGCACAGGACAAAUAUGACACUCUGCCUGCUAAUAAAAGAGCCUUUGAGGGUGCCGGUUUCCUGGAAGAGAGCUGCCCUAGUUUGUACUCAUCUGUUGAAACCUCAAGCCCUUUAUUUACAGAAACCUUUCCUCUAAGAAGGCAGGUAUCUCAUGAGUUCUUGGAAAUGCGUUUCAAAAUCCAGCAGCUUCUUGAGCCUCGGCAGUACAUGGCCUUUUUGCCUCACCACAUUAUGGUGAAGAUUUUCAUGUUCCUCCCUACCAGGACCCUGGCAGCUCUUAAAUGCACGUGCCAUUACUUUAAGUUCAUUAUAGAAAACUAUGGCAUUCGAGCAACAGAUUCCCUCUGGGUCCGUGACCCACGAUACAAAGACGACCCAUGCAAGCAGUGUAGAAAGCAUUACUCCAAAGGGGAUGUGUCCCCAUGUCGGUGGCACUCGAAACCCUACUACAAAGUCUUACCUUAUGGACGCUCAUACUGGAUGUGUUGCUGGCAAGCAGAGAAAGAUUCACCUGGGUGUAAAAUUGGACUUCAUGAUAAUAAUUGGGUGCAGUCUUGUAAUCACAUUCAACAAAUAUGUGAAAAGGUAAAGAAGAAGAAUGGAGAGGGAGUGUGACUUUUUUUAAAUGGUAGAUCUGCUUUAGCCUGACCUGAGCUUGAGAGAAUUCCUGUUGGAUCUUCUGCUUCCUGUAGAAAUUGGAAUAUUUUGUCAGUCCUGCACUGUUUACAUUGUACAGUAUGAUCAUAUUGGCUUAUGAGCCCGCAUGUACAGAACUUUAGCAGCCGUAAGCUGUGAGGGAAGCGCAGUAUUUGCUAUAUCAUGUGUUUUAUCGGUUUAUAGUUUUGUGCUGUUAAAUGUAGUUGGCACAACAACUGAACCACUAGAGCACAGCUAUGUUAGUGUGGCAGUUAGUCAGUUUUGAAUGUCGGUCUUUCUUUUGAAUCGUUUGUAAAUGCCACGUAAAAUUACAUUUGAAUGAAAAUGCAAAAUCUUUUUGGUGAGGAGGAAAAACCCUUAUCCUUGUACAUCCUAUAAAAUGGACUAUCUGGACAGUUUUAGAAUUAAAGUAGUGAAUUCUUGCUAUGUGAUGUCAAGGCAAGUGAAUACAUGCAAUAAAUAGCAGAUACAUUUUAUUAGCAAUGUAAAAUUACAAGUUAUGAAAAA